AUGUUCAAUUUUCGCUUAUGUCCAAACAUUGCGUUAUCGCCAGCCAAUUUGCCGGAUAUAAACCUUAUUGUAAUGCCAUCACCGCAUAUUAUGACGCUUACUGGAGGGAUAGAUGUGGAUUAUAAUCGGAUGGGCUUAAUCCUUUUUUUUUAA